AAGCUUGAGCUGGAAUUUCGCGGGAAAGACCGAGCACGCCAUACUUACCUACUGAGUUAAAAACGCGCGGGAUCAGCUAUGUGCAAUCCAGCAGAAGAACGUUCUCGCCCUAUAGAUCCGGUCCCAGGCUAGCAUUCUCCAGGCCUGGUUUCCCAGCGGGCCCAGGGCACGCCAGUUUUGCGGCAGUCGCAAAGCACUGCUAUGUGGGCGUGGCUCCUCCCCUUCCGCGCCUCUUGUGACGCAGGCGCCUUAGGCUUUUUGAGCGGGAAAACGGGAGUGGUGUGGAACGGGUUAGUGCAGCUGCAAUUUGCGGGCUUUGCGGACGCAGCCCCUCCCCAGUAUGGGGCUGCUAGAGCUGUGCGAACAAGUGUUCGGAACCGCCGACCUUUACCGGGUGCUGGGCGUGCGGCGUGAGGCUUCGGACGGCGAGAUCCGACGUGGCUACCACAAGGUCUCCCUGCAGGUGCAUCCCGACCGGGUGGAAGAGAGCCGCAAGGAGGACGCCACCCGCCGUUUCCAGAUCUUGGGGAGAGUCUACGCCGUUCUCAGCGACAAGGAGCAGAGAGCCGUGUACGAUGAGCAGGGAGCAGUGGACGAGGACUCUGCCGGGCUCAAUCAGGACCGCGACUGGGAGGCGUAUUGGAGGUUGCUCUUUAAAAAGAUAUCUCUAGAGGACAUUCAGGCGUUCGAGAAGACUUACAAAGGUUCCGAAGAAGAGCUGGCUGAUAUUAAACAGGCCUAUCUGGACUUCAAGGGUGACAUGGACCAGAUCAUGGAGUCUGUGCUUUGCGUGCAGUACACAGAAGAAUCCAGGAUAAGAAACAUCAUUCAACAAGCUAUCGAUGCCAGAGAGGUCCCCUCCUAUAAAGCCUUUGUCAAAGAAUCAAAACAAAAGAUGAAUGCCAGGAAGAGGAGGGCUGAAGAAGAGGCUAAAGAAGCAGAAAAGAGCAGAAGAGAAUUGGGGCUUGAAGAAGGAGUAGAUAAUUUGAAAGCACUCAUUCAGAGCAGACAAAAGGAUCGGCAAAAGGAAAUGGACAGUUUUCUGGCUCAGAUGGAAGCAAAAUACUGCAAACCUUCCAAAGGAGGAAGGAAAAAAACGACUGUCAAGAAAGAAAAGAAGUAAUGGAAUUUUUUCUCUUUAAAGAUCCUUAGGUAUUCAUUGGUAUGAUAGGCAAGGUCCGGUCAAGAUUUAAAGGCAAACCUUUGAAAUUGUCUUUCCUGCCAAGAUUCAAAACUAAACCAAGCAGAACCUGAUUUUAGUAUUUCUUAGGAUUAGUUUGACCCACUAUGAGGUCCUCAUGAAGGAGUAUAUUGAUAGAUGGGAGGAAAUAUCCUUCCUCACAGCACUUGCUUCCUGGGCCUUCUGCCCAGGGAACUCUGUAUUGCUUUCAGUGAUGUGCACUUCCAUUAGAACAGGUGCUCUACUCUACCCUUUUACUACAGGGGAAACAGGUGUUCAGAUUGCCUUUAACAUUUUUGUAAGACAUAUAUAACUAAUAAACAAGUAAAAUAUUGA